UUUAUUAGUUAUUUUCUCAGCGACAUUGGAAUAACAGUAUCUUCACAUGGAGUGCUUGCUGUGCUUAAAUACGGAUUCCAACUACAUACGGGAAGAUUCCGUUGAGUGGUUUGAAUGGAACAUAAGACAAUUGGUGGAUCAACAUUUAUGGGCUAUUGAGCCAAAUAUAACACCGUCGUGUCUUUGCAUGAAUUGUUGGAAUGAAUUAAAUGGAUUCCAUAAAUUUUUUACACGAAUACAAGAAGCACAAACAAAUAUAUUGUUGUGUGAAAUAAAAUCGGAUUGUGAUCCGUUGGAGGAUGAAAAAAUUGUAGAAUAUUUUGUAAAUGACUCUUUGACAGAAUGUGAGAUUGAAACUUCCACAACAGACCAAGAAACCACAAUACUAGAGACUGAUCACGAUGAUAACAGCAGUAUUGGCAAAAAUUAUGAAAGCGAAAACGACACUACAGAUCUUGAGCAAAGCAAUUAUGUUGCGGAAACUAGCCCUCCCUUGGAGGGAGAUGAGACUUGUGAUGACAAGAAAGCGAAAAAAAAUAUAAUGGCAGAGUAUGAUGAUUUUCUCAGGGAGAAUUAUAAAAUUAUCUGCGAUAAAUGCAAUGAAUCUUUUGAGACGUUUGCUUUGCUUAUCCACCAUUUCAGCAAAGAUCACAAUGAACGUGGUUAUGUAGUUUGCUGCGACACCAAAUUCUUCUAUCGCCGUUUUUUGGUAGACCACGUUAAAUGUCAUAUAGAUCCUGAUUGCUACAAAUGUUCAUACUGCGGAAAGAGAUAUCCCAACAAGCGAAGUUUGCAAGCACACAUUCUUUUGCAUGUGGAUAGGAAAUAUGCCUGCGACAAGUGUGAUAAGACGUAUGUUAGACAAGCACAACUUGAUACUCAUAUUAAAUUGAAGCAUAUGCCAAUGCCAGAGAAGAAGAUUCCAUGUAACGAAUGUGGUAGAUUCUAUGCCAGUGAACGGGCUUUAAAAUAUCACCGUAAUCAAAUACAUAAUCUUUUAUACGCAAAAGUAUGUGAAAUCUGUGGACAGACGUUGCCAGAUUCCACAUCGCACAAGCAACACAUGAUAAGGCAUAAUCCCAACCCAGUCAAAUGUGAAGACUGUGGCCUUUUAGUAACCAGUAAAAUAACAUUGGGAUACCAUAGGAAACUUAAACACCCUGAGGGAGGAAAUCGCGAGUACACCUGCCCUUUUUGUCAGAAAAUAUCGCCAAAUAUUCGAGCUCACAAAACUCACGUAAAGGAUAACCACGACCCAAAUAAUAGAUUUGAAUGUAAUAUUUGUAACAAAAUAUUUAGUAAAAAGUCGCUUAAGCGUCACCUGGAAGUGCAUGCUGGAAGUUUAUCAUAUACCUGCAAAUGGUGCCCACAACAGUUUAACACAACCAACAAUAUGGGUUACCACCACAAGAAAGCGCACCCCAUUGAGUAUGAGGAGGAGCUACGCAAAAAAUAUUCGGGAAAUUUACCUCCCAAAAAGAAGUGAUUUAAUAUUUGUAAACAAAGAUUUAAAUAUAUCGUUGGAAAAACA